ACAAUUGCACGUGCAAGAUGGCGGAUCUUCGAGAACCUUUCGAGUUGUGUAAAGUCCUUCAAAACGGCCCGCUUGUUGGAAUAUCAAGACUAACUGGUAGUGAAAAUGUUCUCCUUACGUUUAAUGAUAGAAGAGUUCUUGUUUACAACCUGGAACAUCAGAAACUUAUCAACAGCUGGUCCGUGGAACAACAGGAUGAAGUGACUAGUGCUGCUGUCUAUAAUCCCGUCGAUAAAACCUUCUUGAUGGCCUUAAACAAGACGGAGAUUUUCAUGUGGAAAGAAACUGAUUCAGAUUUUAGUUCAUGUCAAAGAAUCCAAUCUGAGAAGAAUGUGUGUUGUCUCCAUGUGUGGAACUAUCUUGAAGUUGAUACACUUGUCAUGUUUGAGGAUGGGUCCUCAAUGUUUUUGGCUUAUCUUCUUCAUAAUAGUGAAGAGAGAAAAGCAAAAAGGAGGAAAGCCUCGAAGUGUACCAAUGAUCUUCUUUGGACUUGUGUUUUCCAUCACCAGGAGCAACUAUCUUCUGUGUCUCUAAGAAAAGAUGAAAAGAAUGAGUACAUUUUGAAUGUUACAAAUCAUACAAUACCAGCUCAUCUGAAUCCAAAGAACGAGACAAUGGAGUUCAAAGUAGCACCUCCUGAAAAGGAUGCCGAGCCAUUGUGUUGGUGUUUAUAUGAGGGAGGAUACCAUUUAGUAUCUUACUGGUCCACUGGGGCUCUUUGUCUCACAGAGCUAGAAACAGUACUUGAGCAGAAACAAGGUGAUGAAAUGCUGACUCUCUCCUGCAAAACAAUUCAGAGAUUACAACCCCUGCACAGUGAAAGUAAUAAGAAGUGCGUGGCUAUGUCAGCCAUAGACCUGGAUCGUGUAUGUCUCUGUGGAAGCAGCAUGAUUGAUGGAAAAUUGAAAGACGUGGUUAUGAUAUGGAACAUAAAGUAUGGUACUUUGCAGUCGUGGCAGACUUUGGACAAAAUCGUCGAAAAACAGAGUUCAUUGCUCAGUUACUCGCGGAGUAGAGGAGCUUGUAGUGUAUGUUGUAUUCCAGGCUUCAUUUGUAUUGGCUUUCAUCAUCUUGUAGCUGUAUGUCAGGUCUCAAUUGAAGCAAGCUCGUUAGCAUCUGCUCUGGGACAACUAGAUUCGACAGCAAAGUUCCUGAGGACCGACAAAGUUAAACCAGAGCUGCUUGUGACGCCUAAGUUAGCGAGACCAGGCGAGGCUCUCAAGCACUGGCAAGAGACAAUUGCGAGAGAUGAUGAAGUGGAAAAAGAAGCUCUACAAAACUUAACAGAUCCAUCAAAGACUCCCACGCUUGAGGCGUUCUCUACGGAACUUCGGAAAUACAUGGAAUUAAAGCUUUCUGGAAAAGAUGAAGAACCUGAAAAUUCUAAUCAAUCACUGGAUUCUAGCAAAGCCGUGCCUGUGUUUGGAGGAAAGUUUGGUAAAAGGACAGAAGUAUUAUCACAACAUUUUAUAUCCAGCGUGUUGUCAAGGUGCGCUGAAGAGAAAAGCUUUUGGGCGAGGGACUCUAUAUCUGAACUCCUCAAAACAAAGUGUGUUCCAUCCAGUUGCAUUAAAGAUCUGGUGAAUGCUAUUCUGGAGAAGAAUGACUUGGAGUUACUGGAGGAAUCGUUUGAGAACAUAAGUGGAAUUUCUGAAGACACCGUCGUUCUCUGUGCACGCCAUAUUUUAAGACUGGAUCAUGGAAAACUUGACAAAACAUCACAAGAAAAUCUGACAGAGGAAUCAGAGGGAGAAGUCGUUGAUCGGAUGCCAUUAGACAAAACACAGGCCAAAUACUUGUCCUUGACUGGGCAGGAUUGCUGUUAAAUGCCCAUUACACUCAAAUGGUGCUCAUGCCUGAAGCCCAGGAGGUACUGGUCAGCUGUCAUCAACUUGUAGCGCAACAGGUGCGUACUUACGAUAAGCUCCGUACUGUGGAAUGUUUCUUGGAUCAUUUUCGAAAGAGACGAAAGGCUCUACCCAAAGCAGAGAAAGUGACACCCUACAGCAUCGAAACGCUGGAAUUAUGAAAAGAGGCGCCUCUGAACGCGGGCCGUACUUCUUCUAUUCCUCGAUGUUCAAGAUUGGGCGGGAGGAACGAAAUCUUAUUCUCUGUUCAUGCCAGUAGUAGACAAGGAUCAGUGAGGCAUUAACCGCAUUCUCGGCACAAACAGUCCUCACUUCUACCAACAGUUGAUUAUUAGCCCAACCUGAUUGCCUCGGGUGAUCGAUUAGAAGCGGGAAAAUUACCGAGAAAACACGCGUCGUUUCGCGCAUGCUCAAGUUGCUGUGCGGCACGAGUCUGCAAUGACUCGUGUACGUUUCGCCCUUUCUAAAUUUCCUUACUGGCAAAUGUAACCAAAGAGACCUGAUCUCUCGCAGUUGAGUGAGAUUCUGGUUAAAACGUUGUUGCUAAAAGAAGGAAAAAUGCUUGUUUAUUUGUAGGUAUUUGGAGGACUUUGAAUCGAGAUUACGAAGUGAACGUUGUGGCACAUAAAAAAUUAGCCAAUAUUGUGGCUUUUUCGUUCUUUUAAAUUUACCUUUUAUGCAUAUAGAAAUAGGAUUUUGGAAUUGGAUUAUUGUUUAUUACUUUUAGGCAAUUUAUGCUAGAACUGAACUACUCUGUUGUGUUGAUGAAUUACCAGUGAUCCUGAUGUGUGUCCUUUCAAGAUAGAUAAUUGGCAUCAAAGAAAUUCGUGAGCAUGGGUGAUCAUGUGAAGAUCAUUGUUAUGUUAAAGUAGCCUUUUGGUAGGGGUCUAGCUAAGUUGAAAUUGUAAAUUGGUCACCGUCAUUCGUUCUGACGAAGGGCUAACGCUCGAAACAUCAGCUUU